UUCCCCAGCUCCAGCCGCCGUCGCCGCCGUCUGCAUAGUCGCAGCCGCGGCCGCCUCCCGCCAGCCCGCCCCGGGGACAGAGAACGCGCGCGAGCUCGGGCGCUCCCGCUCCAGCCUUUCCCGGAGCUAUGAACCCCAACUGCGCCCGGUGCGACAAGAUUGUGUACCCCACGGAGAAGGUGAACUGUCUGGAUAAGUUUUGGCAUAAAGCAUGCUUCCACUGCGAGACCUGCAAGAUGACACUCAACAUGAAGAACUACAAGGGCUACGAGAAGAAGCCCUACUGUAACGCACACUACCCCAAGCAGUCCUUCACCAUGGUGGCUGACACCCCGGAAAACCUCCGCCUCAAGCAGCAGAGUGAGCUCCAGAGUCAGGUGCGCUACAAGGAAGAGUUUGAGAAGAACAAAGGCAAAGGCUUCAGCGUGGUGGCAGACACACCUGAACUCCAGAGAAUCAAGAAGACCCAGGACCAGAUCAGUAAUAUAAAAUACCACGAGGAGUUUGAGAAGAGCCGCAUGGGCCCCAGUGGGGGCGAGGGCAUGGAGCCGGAGCGCAGGGAUUCCCAGGAUAGCAGCAGCUACCGGCGGCCCCAGGAGCAUCAGCAGCAGCCGCCGCACCACAUCUCGACCAGCGCCCCAGUUUACCAGCAGCCCCAGCAACAGCAGAUGGCCCAGUCCUACAGUGGCUACAAGGAGCCUGCAGCCCCGUUCUCCGUACAGCGCAGCGCCCCAGGCGGUGGCGGGAAGCGGUACCGCGCCUUAUAUGACUACAGCGCAGCUGAUGAGGACGAGGUCUCCUUCCAGGAUGGGGACACCAUCGUCAACGUGCAGCAGAUCGAUGACGGCUGGAUGUACGGGACCGUGGAGCGCACCGGCGACACGGGCAUGCUGCCAGCCAACUACGUGGAGGCCAUCUGAGCCUGGCUGGCCCCUGCCCCACCCUCUGUCUUCAGUGCAUUCCACAGCAUCGCAUCCAUCCUGAGGCGGCUGUCCGUCUGUCCGCCCCUCAGGAGUCUCUGUUAUUUUAAAUCUGCAACAGCUUGUUUCUUCCCGCCCUCCCCCCAACCCCAGCUUCUUUUGCCAACCGAAGCCUUGUUCUGCCGCUCCUGCAGGCACCUUCCUCUGGCCGGUUUUCCCCUUGACCAACUUCUGGGUUUUCCUCUCGGGAUGG